CCUGUAGUCCCUUAGCUGCCCGCGGAGAGCGGGCCUGCCAGUGAGUGGAGGCAAGCUGUUGGGGCUAGCCGGGACCUCGUGGCUGUCUGUGUAUGCUCCUCCGAGCGCCAACCUCCGCUCAGCGUAAACUUGCGACGAUGGCCGAGACCAAGCCGCUUCUGCGCGGCGUCGUCUUCGACAUGGACGGCACACUAACGGUCCCCAACUUGGACUUUGGGGAGAUGUACCGCCGUGCGGGCGUGCCGCGAGGCGAGGAUAUCCUGGCGACCCGCUGGCGCGCUGACGAAACCGCGUGCCGCGUCGUCGAGGAGAUGGAGGCGGAGGGCCGCCGAACGCUUGCGCUGAUGCCUGGCGCCGCCGAGCUGGCUGCGUGGCUCGAGGCGCACGGCGUGCAGUCGGCGCUGGUCACACGGAAUAGCGAUGCGACCGUCGCCCACUUCCACAAGAGUCUGUGGCGCAGCGCGCCGCUCUCGCCCGCGAUCUCGCGCGACGCGGCGUGGCCGUCCAAGCCGGACCCUGCGGCGCUGCUGCACAUUGGCGAGCUGUGGCGGGUCGGCUCGAUGGAGGAGGUCUGCAUGGUUGGGGACUCGCCCUCGAAUGACGUCAGCUUCGGGCGCGCGGCCGGCGCGGCCACGGCCCUCCUCGACACGGGCAGGCGGCUGAGCGAGGGCGGCGAGACCAAUGGCGCCGAGCUGGUCGUCUCGAACCUCGCGCAACUCGCCGCGCUCCUCUUCGGCUCCUUCCGGCUCGCCUCGCCGCUCCUCGAGCCGUCGCUGCAUGCGAAGCGGCCGCCACCGUCGCCCGCCACCGCCGCCGCCGCCGCCGCCGCCGCUGGAGACACGGCCGCGCUCGCGUCGCUCUCCGCCGACAAGCUGGCGGCGCACGAAGGCGGACCCGGCUCGAACACGCCACUCAUCUGGGCGGCCGAGCACGGGCACGCGCCGGCGAUCGAGCUGCUGCUGCGCGCCGGCGCGGACGCAAACGCGCGCGGAUACCUUGGCAACACGGCGGUCUCGCGCGCCGCCCGGCGCGGGCACACGGCUGCUCUCGAGGCUCUCCUCGAGGGCGGCGCGGACAGCGACGUGCCGAACGACAAGCUCCAGUUCCCGCUCCACUUUGCGGCGUUCAAGCUCAAGCCCGAGGCGGUGUCGCUGCUGCUGGAGCGCGGCGGGAGCCCGCUCGUCCUCGACCGGAAGGGUCGCACCGCCGCCGAGGACACGGCAGACGCCGCGAUCCGAGACGAAAUUCGCGCGGCGCAGGAGCGGCAUAUUGCGCGCGCCCUCCUUUAGCAAGCGGGGAGGCGGUGUGUGCUGUGUCUCCACUCGCUCCGCGCGGGGCCACACUGCACACAUGUUCUGCUUUCUGGUCGUCGAGACCAGAGGUAUAGAGGGUCCACACACCA